AUGGCGAUGAUGCAGAUGAGAAGUGAGUGUAUGAGGAGUAUUGUCUGUUACCAUGGUCUUGAGUACGCACCGGUGGAGGCGGAGAGAGGUGUUGUUGAUGUUGCUUCGCCGGCCAUCAUGUCACGGCACGUCUUGAGGAAGAUUAGGGUUUCAAAGCGGUUUCCAUUGCUUGGGACGGUGUUUCCGUUAGAUUAG